GUCGCUGCCGCCCGCCCUCCGCCCGAGGAGGACAGCUGGCGCCCGCGCCCAGGGGCCCUGGGGGCCUACUGUGUGCCGGGCACUGUCGCGACCCUCCCCUCCAGUCGGGCGUCGUUUACAGCCGAGGCACGGGGGUCGCGCCCAAUGAAGGGACCCGGCACGUAGUAGGUCUACGGGACGGAGGCGGCGCCUCAGAUCCGACCCCGCCGCUCGCUCGUCCGCGGUGUGGGCCCCGCCGCGGCGGGCAGGAGUCUUCUCUCCCGCCGACCCCCAACCCACCCCGGCCUCGGAGGGGCGCCACCGGCUGGGCGGGGGGCGGGAAGCCGCGGCAGUCGUGAGCGCGGCCGGGCGGCCGACGGCCUAUCUGAUCUCGGGAGCGCCGGCUCCAGACUGCCUGGAGCGCUGAAAGAGUUAACCAGGAACGCCGCCCCGCUGUGGUUUUGUGGUCGAAACCAUGAUUGCCAGGAGCAAAUUUUUGUCGUGCACAAGUUUCAGGUCUGUGCGGCUGCUGAAGAAUGACCCAGUCAACUUCCAGAAGUUCCCCUACACUAGUGAGGAUGAGGCCUGGAAGACGUACCUGGAAAACCCCUUGACGGCUGCCACGAAGGCCAUGAUGAGGGUCAACGGGGACGAUGACAGCGUUGCAGCCUUGAGCUUCCUCUACGAUUACUACAUGGGCCCCAAGGAGAAGCGGAUGUUGUCCUCCGGCACCGGGGGCAGGAUGGACCAAGGAAAGAGGCACUACCUUGGCAUGGAAUAUGAGACGGACCUCGCCCCCCUCGAGAGCCCCACACACCUCAUGAAAUUCCUGACGGAGAGUGUGUCCGGAGCCCCAGAGUACCCGGAUCUGCUCAAGAAGAAUAACCUGAUGAGUUUGGAGGGGGCCACGCCCACCCCUGGCAAGGCAGCCGCCCUCCCACCAGGCCCCAGCAAGCUGGAGGCUGGCUCUGUGGACAGCUACCUGUUGCCCAGCAGUGACAUGUACGAUAAUGGCUCCCUCAACUCCUUGUUCGAGAGCAUUCAUGGGGUGCCGCCCACGCAGCGCUGGCAGCCAGACAGCACCUUCAAAGAUGACCCACAGGAGUCACUACUCUUCCCAGAUAUCUUGAAAACAUCCCCAGAACCCCAGUGUCCAGAGGACUAUCCCAGCCUCAAAAGUGACUUUGAAUACACCCUGGGCUCCCCCAAAGCCAUCCACAUCAAGUCAGGCGAGUCGCCCAUGGCCUACCUCAACAAGGGCCAGUUCUACCCUGUCACCCUGCGGACCCCAGCAGGGGGCAAAGGCCUUGCCUUGUCCUCCAACAAAGUGAAGAGCGUGGUGAUGGUUGUCUUCGACAACGAGAAGGUCCCAGUAGAGCAGCUGCGGUUCUGGAAGCACUGGCAUUCCCGGCAGCCCACCGCCAAGCAGCGGGUCAUCGACGUGGCUGACUGCAAAGAAAACUUCAACACUGUGCAGCACAUUGAGGAGGUGGCCUAUAAUGCACUGUCCUUCGUGUGGAACGUGAAUGAGGAGGCCAAGGUGUUCAUCGGAGUCAACUGCCUGAGCACAGACUUCUCCUCACAGAAGGGGGUGAAGGGUGUCCCCCUGAACCUGCAGAUUGAUACCUAUGACUGUGGCUCAGGCACUGAGCGCCUGGUACACCGCGCGGUCUGCCAGAUCAAGAUCUUCUGUGACAAGGGAGCCGAGAGGAAGAUGCGGGAUGAUGAGAGGAAGCAGUUCCGGAGGAAGGUCAAGUGCCCGGACUCCAGCAAUAGCGGCAUCAAGGACUGCCUGCUGUCGGGCUUCAGGGGCAACGAGACCACCUACCUGCGGCCAGAGGCUGACCUGGAGACGCCGCCGGUGCUGUUCAUCCCCAACGUGCACUUCUCCAGCCUGCAGCGCCCUGGCGGGGCUGUCCCCUCGGCAGGACCCAGUGGCUCCAGCAGGCCGUCACUGAAGCGCACCUGCUCGCCCUUCGCUGAGGAGUUCGAGCCGCUGUCCUCCAAGCAGGCCAAGGAGGACGACCUUCAGAGAGUCCUGUUGUACGUGCGGCGGGAGACUGAGGAAGUGUUUGACGCCCUCAUGCUGAAGACCCCGGACCUGAAGGGGCUCAGGAACGCGAUCUCUGAGAAGUAUGGGUUCCCUGAAGAGAAUAUUUACAAAGUCUACAAGAAAUGCAAGCGGGGAAUCUUAGUCAACAUGGACAACAACAUCAUUCAGCAUUACAGCAACCACGUCGCCUUCCUACUGGACAUGGGGGAGAUGGACGGCAAGAUUCAGAUCAUCCUUAAGGAGCUGUAAGGCCCAAGCAUCCAAGCCCACGGCCCCUUGGUAUGGGCUCCCUGCAGGGCCCAGCUGGGAAGUGGGCCACACACAACCUGUCCACAUGCCUCAGUGCUGUUACUUGAAUGCCUUUCCUGGGGGAAGAGGCCCUAGAGUCACAAACCCGCAGAUCUCGGGCCGAGGAAGAGACCUUGGAGGUUCCCUGAUCUGAACCCCCACUGCACGCUUGAAUCUGCUCCUGAACUUCCUGCCAGUGCCUGCCCCUGCCAGCCGGUGCCAUCCUGAUUUCCCGCAGGCUGCUGUUCAGACGGCGGAGGCACGCCCUCCCUCCCGCGUGCGACGCCAGCUGGCUGGACUCUGGUCCGGCCCCCACUCUGCAUCUUCCAUUAACUUCAGACCAAGGAUUUCUCACCCUUUGGUCAGUUAACGUGAAAACUCUUGAUUUUCAGUGCAAGUGACUUGUGAAAGAAACUAUAGUGGAAACUGCCUCUUUUUCACAGACUUCCUCAAUGCACCAUGUAAAUAACAGAGCUGAUUGGAACAAAUGACUGCUGUGUAGACGCUGCCUUGCCACUCACUGUUGUACACAUUUCUUAUUUACAAUUUUCACUUGUUAUAUAUAUAUAUAAAUAUGUAUUGUAUAUAUAUAUAUGCAACAUUUUAUA